AGUGGAGCAUCAGACAGUUGUCAGCAUUCUCAGGAACACAACAGCCACAGCCUUUAACAUGAAAUUCGUGAUUGUUCUCGCCUUCGCCCUCUUCGCCGUGGCCGCCGCCCGCCCCAACGAAGUGCAGAUCGUUCGCCUCGAUUCCGAUGUGGGAGUUGAGAAAUUCAAUUACGCCCUGGAGACCAGCGAUGGCACCAAGAAGCAGGAGGAUGGUCAGCUGAAGAACAUUGGCACCGAGCAGGAGGCCAUCGUUGUCCAUGGCUCGUACUCCUUUGUCGCCGAUGAUGGUGUCACCUACACCGUCACCUAUGUUGCCGAUGAGAACGGUUUCCAGCCCUCCGGCGCUCAUCUGCCCGUCGCCCCAGCAGCCUAAAAUGGAUUUUUCCACACAUAAGCACACACGAUGAUGAAUGAAUAAAAAGAAAAUCAAUUUGUUUAAAACAAAA